AUCAACAGCGGGCACGUCAAUUCGAAGGGCGACGUAUUUUGCCGAAGCUGUACGUCUGACGGUCUCAGGGUUCUAUAUUGCCCAGCGCGUUUGGCGCGUUGCUUCUCUCGGCGUCUUCCUUCCUCACCCUAAAGCAGUGGCCAUGAAGGAUUCGCUGGUACUGCAGAGCCGCGUCCCGGCCCACCCGGAUUCCCGCUGCUGGUUCCUGGCCUGGAACCCCACGGGGACCCUGUUGGCCUCAUGCGGAGGCGACCGUAAAAUUCGCAUCUGGGGCACCGAGGGUGACAGCUGGAUUUGCAAGUCUGUCCUUUCUGAAGGCCAUCAGCGCACCGUUAGGAAAGUGGCCUGGUCCCCGUGUGGAAAUUACCUGGCAUCUGCCAGCUUUGAUGCUACCACUUGCAUUUGGAAGAAGAAUCAGGAUGACUUUGAGUGUGUGACCACUCUUGAGGGUCAUGAAAAUGAGGUCAAGUCAGUGGCUUGGGCCCCAUCUGGUAACCUCUUGGCUACCUGCAGCAGAGAUAAGAGCGUGUGGGUCUGGGAAGUUGAUGAAGAGGAUGAAUAUGAAUGUGUCAGUGUCCUCAACUCUCAUACACAGGAUGUUAAGCAUGUGGUUUGGCACCCAAGCCAGGAGCUUUUAGCUUCUGCUAGCUAUGAUGACACAGUGAAGCUAUACCAGGAAGAAGGGGAUGACUGGGUCUGCUGUGCCACCCUUGAAGGUCAUGAGUCCACUGUAUGGAGCAUAGCCUUUGAUCCCAGCGGCCAGCGGCUAGCAUCUUGCAGUGAUGACCGAACUGUGCGCAUCUGGCGCCAGUAUCUACCAGGCAAUGAACAAGGGGUGGCAUGCAGUGGCUCUGACCCCAGCUGGAAAUGUAUCUGCACUUUGUCCGGCUUCCACACCAGGACCAUUUACGACGUUGCUUGGUGUCAGCUAACAGGGGCCCUGGCUACAGCUUGUGGAGAUGAUGCCAUCCGAGUGUUUGAGGAAGAUCCAGGCUCAGACCCACAGCAGCCCACCUUCUCUUUGACAGCCCAUCUUCGUCAGGCCCAUUCCCAGGAUGUCAACUGUGUGGCUUGGAAUCCCAAGGAGCCAGGGCUCCUGGCCUCUUGUAGUGAUGAUGGUGAGGUAGCCUUCUGGGAGUAUCACCAGCCUGCGGGUCUCUGAGCUAUAGCUUGACUUGGGAGUCUUGAUUCCCACAGAAAAUGUCCUAAGACUUUUCCUAGUCAUCAAGAAGACCUGAAGCAUCCUUGACCUUCAUUUAGCUCAGGACUAUUCACUGUUUCCCUUCCUUGAUAUGAGGAAGCCAUUGGACAGAGCCACGGAACAGUAGUAUAUUGUAUUAAAGUUUUGCUUGAUUUAGGACAUAGUGCGGGUGGUGGUGGCGCACGCCUUUAAUCCCAGCACUUGGGAGGCAGAGGCAGGUGGAUUUCUGCGUUCAAGGCUAGCCUGGUCUCCAGAGUGAGUUCCAGGACAGCCAGGGGUACACAGAGAAACCCUGUCUCAAAAAAAAAAAAAAAAAGACAUGGUGUUACAUUUGGGGGUAAAUAUAUUUAUAAUCAGUAUAUAAAUAUAUAAAUGAAUAAGAGCUUUUGAAAUUGUGAGCUUUAUAGAAUUCAUCUGUGCUCCACUUUCUGUUUUAUAAGUAAGGUCAUUUAUCAUUUCUUAUAACUUAACUAUUUGGAAUGGGCUCCACCUUCCCAAUUCUAGAGUAGUCCUUGUAUUUAAGACAUGCAAGCUAGCUGUAGUGUUUUCCUAGCACUCAAUCAGCAAAGAUGGGUUAUCCUUGGCUGCAUAGGCAGUUUGAAGCCAGUCUGGGAUAUGAGACCCUUUCUCAAAAAACAAAGACAUUCAAAACUAGAGAAAUUUUCCCCCCAAAAUGUUGUUUGUUCAUACUAAAAAGAUACCUCUGCUUUUUCUUAGAAACCCUCACAUGCCUCUUGAGACAUUAUGCUCUGGGCAUCUGAGAAUAUGAAAAGAAAUGAACCCCUAUAAAGAAAGAAUUGGUUUUCAUUGAGGGACAGAAGACAUUAAAACUAUAGCCUGAGGCCCUCUACCAGACAACAGCAGGCUGGUGUAGUGGUGCACACCUAGUCUAACACUCAGGAGGCAGAGGCUAGCCUGAUCUACAAAUGAGAGUUUCAGGACAGCUUAGGAGACAGUGACCAUAAAAAAACCCAAAAACUUAGACAAUGACAUGUGCUGCCAAAUCUGUGGUGUUUUUCAGGUCUGAGAGUAGUUAAGAUGUCUAAUUAGCUUUAUAGAAGAAUGCUGAUUAGGCAAACAUUGAGAAAUGCGUAUGGGUUUGGGUGUGAGUUAUCUCCAAAACUGGAGCCUUCACUUAUUUUUUACACUGUACAAUUGUUACCUUAGAUUUUUGCAGAGACAAUGGAGGCAGUAUCCAGAGCAGUGGUGACUAGUGAUCUGCAGAAUCUAAGGACCCAUUCAGGGUCAACACUAACACGAUGAAAGAAUGGCAUCAGUUAAAUAGCUAUCUGUCUUUUCUAUCUUGUGCCCACAGUGAGAAUAGAGCCAGCCUCACUCAGACAACAAAGAUGACUUAAAAUUGACCAUUGAGAACACUUCUGAUACUGACAAAUGAGAAAGUUCCACCUAGCCCCUCUGUGGUCUUGAAAAAAAAAACAGUUUGACAGUUGCUACAAGCCAAGUUAGCUAUACAUGGCAUGCCUUUUUAAAAUCAGAACUAGAAAGCCAGGCGGUGGUGGCCCACACCUUUAAUCCCACACUUGGGAGGCAAAGGCAGGUGGAUUUCUGAGUUUGAGGCCAGCCUGGUCUACAAAGUGAGUUCCAGGACAGCCAGGGCUACACAGAGAAACCCUGUCUCGAAAAAAAAAAAAAAAUCAGAACUAUAAAAUUAACAUUUAGGCCUGUAUAUUUAGCUGUGUUCCUGAAAAAUGAACAUACUGAACCUUUCACUGAUCGUGUUCACUGCUGAUGGUAAAUGUUUAAAAGACAAAAUUAGAAUUUUUGAAAACUUGUGUUGCAACGAACUUUAAUGGUAAUGAAAUUAGCAAAUGAAUUUUGUGGGUCACUGUUGAAAUGGCCAACACACUGAGCAGACAUAGCUAAAGGUCCUAACUGGCUUCUGUUAAGCUAGAUGUAAAGUGAUUGUAACACUGUACCAUGCUACUCUUCUCCAGAAUUUAUUUUUCCUAAAAUAUGUUAAUGAAGUUUUUUUUUUUAAACAAACUGCCUUUUUAAUGUAAUAAGUAUCAACGAAUAUAAUCUAGGUAAUAAAAGCUUUUGGGG